UAUACCGAAAAAGCUUCCCCCAAUUUGGCCGCCCCCGCUUCCCCGCCAUCGGCCGCACGCGCCGCGCCAUCUGCCGUAACGUUGUAGUCUCUCCUAUUACAAGUCCCCAUCGAACUCUGCAAUUUUAGUCCAAAUCGAAAUCUAACAUCUUCUUCUUCCUCAUAUAAAAAAGAUGAGAGUUUUAGGCACCUGCAAUUCACUGUCGCCAAUCUCCUUCGUUAAUUCUUCGAAUUUUCGCCGUUGCUUUCUUCCUUCAGAAACCCUAAUUCCAUCUCUCUCCUCAACUCUUCCUCUUCGGAGAGUGUCUCGGUUAUCGAGCUCGAGCUCAGCUCCCAUGGCGGCUGCUUACGUGGCGCCGGCUGAGCCCAAGAAGCCCGUCAAGCCGUGGCUCGUCGUCGGCCUCGGCAAUCCCGGCAAGAAAUACGACGGAACUCGUCACAAUGUUGGUUUUCAGUUGGUUGAUGCCAUUGGUGAAGCUGAAGGAAUAUCUAUUAACAGUGUUUCUUUCAAAGCUCUAUUCGGAAAAGGUUUUAUUGGAGAUGUUCCAAUUAUGCUUGUCAAACCACAAACCUUCAUGAAUUCAAGCGGUGAGUCUGUUGGAGCAAUUGUCUCGUAUUACAAGAUUCCACACGAGCAAGUGCUUGUGAUCUAUGACGAUCUAGAUUUUCCUUUUGCAAAACUGAAAAUGUUGCCUAAGGGUGGACAUGGAGGUCACAAUGGGAUGAGAAGUAUCAUUGAUCAUUUUAAAGGGAACCGUAAUUUUCCGCGUUUGAGAAUUGGUAUUGGACGCCCCCCUGGGAAGAUGGAUCCAGUUAACUUUGUUCUUCGACCGUUCACUAAACAAGAACGUGAAGAGCUGAAUUUUACAUUCCAAGACGGAAUAGAAGCAGUUCGGAUUCUUUUGCUUGAGGGCUUCAAUAAAAGUGCAACAUUUGUGAACACUGCCAAACCCUUGAAACAACUAGGAUAAUCUGGCAUCUUACUCUUUUGGUUGAGGGGGGAAAAUGUGAUUUCUGAUUUUUUUAGGUCUUGUUUACUUAUACUGAAGAACUGGAAGCUGGUUAUAAUUAUUUAUUCUUUGAAGGAGCUGCGGCAGAAAAAAUUUGCCAAGAAGUUUAUAUUUGAAUGAAUUAGAUAGCGGAUUUGUAAUCCUUACACUUAUUGGUAUGUCUUUAGCAAAAAUACAAAUAAAGGAACAACACAUUGAUAU